GGACAGUUCCUCAGAGGACAGAGCAGAGAGCCCAGGUAAAACCCUUCCCUUCCGUGGCUGGCUUGACGGGCGGCGGCGGCGGCGAUGCGGUUCACGGCGUCUCCGGUGGUGGAGCUGCCGGUGGGCGGCGCGGUGCUGAGCUUCGAGCAGGACAACGACUCCUUCGAGGUGGGCACCUCGGUCUGGAACUCCUCCCUGGUCCUCGUCAAGUUCGCCGAGCGCUGCCUCGGCGACGCGGCUCUGCCCUUCGCCGACGCGCUCCGCUUCGCGGGUGCCCGCGCCAUCGAGCUCGGCGCCGGAUGCGGGCCCGCCGGCAUGGGGCUCUCCCGCCUCGGCCUCGCCGACCUCGUGCUCACCGACACCGCCGCCGUCCUCCCGGCGCUCCGCCGGAACCUCCGCCGCAACCGCCGCCACCUCCCGCGCGCGCCCCGCCUCGCGCAGCUCCACUGGAACUGCCCCGCGCACCUCUCCCAGCUCGCCGCCCCGCGCCGCUACGACCUCGUCGUCGCCGCCGACGUCGUCUACGUCCAGGAGUCCGUGCCCCACCUCGUCGCCGCCAUGGACGCGCUCGCCGACGCCGAGCGCGGCGUGGUGCUCCUCGGGUACCAGAUCCGGUCCCCCGAGGCGCACCAGGCGUUCUGGGACGCCGUUCCCGCCGCCUUCCCCGUGAUCGAGAAGGUGUCCCGGGAGCACCUCGACCCGGAGUACGCCUUCGAGGAGUCCGAUGUGUUCAUACUCCGCAGGAGGCCGCGGCAGUGAGAUUUAUUCUUGUUGCCAAACAUUUGCUCGUCAUUUACAUAGCAGGUAGUACACUACUGGAAAAAAGCGUCGAGGAAAGAAGAGAUCAAGAUGGUCUUGUCUGGUAACAACAGGAGCGCAUUGGACUAUUGGAGGGAGGUUCUCGUGCAGGCUGAGCAGAUGAGGAAGGAGCUCAAGUUGAGUGAGAAGGGGGAUGGUAUAUGUGAAGGGGAUAUUGGAAACAUGGGCAAUAGCUUGAUAUAUGUGAGUCGUGCAGUAACCAAACAAAACCGUUCAACCCAGGUUUUCCUGUGAUGCACUGCAGCCUAACUGUAGUUUGUAUCCAAAGCCCGGAUGCUUGUGCUUCUCUCCCUGUUUGUAGCUUGGGGUUUUCCUUUCACCGACCGCAUAUAUAAUUUUGCUUAACAAAGACCAGGUCCUGAUUAGCCAGAA